UAUGGGUACCGUUGAAAAAUUUCUCGCAAGAAUCAAUAAUGAAGAAAGAUUGAGAUCUCUAUUACACGAUUUGGGUCGAAGACAUGCAUCAUAUAAUGCUGAAGCGAAAUUUAUACCAAUGAUGGGUAAUGCUUUUAUAACUGCUAUAAAACCGUAUUUAGAAGAGCAUUGGAAUGAAGACGUGGAUAGAGCCUGGCAUUCCCUCUUUAGUCUUUUAUCCUAUUACAUGACGGAGGGUAUGAUAGAAGGAUCUUCCUAA